AUGGAAGGUUUAUACAGUGACAGUAAUAUGCUUGAGGUUUGUGUUAACCCUGAAAAUCUUCUUGCAGGUUUAUACAGUGACAGUAAUAUACUUGACGUUUGUGUUAACCCUGAAAAUCUUCUUGCAGGUUUAUACAGUGCCAGUUUAUACAGUGACAGUAAUAUACUUGACGUUUGUGUUAACCCUGAAAAUAUUAUUGCAGGUUUAUACAGUGACAGUAAUAUACUUGACGUUUGUGUUAACCCUGAAAAUAUUCUUGCUGGUUUAUACAGUGACAGUAAUAUACUUGACGUUUGUGUUAACCCUGAAAAUAUUAUUGCUGGUUCAAAAUCAUUCUCCAAUCCAGAAGAUCUAAACGUAUACGAAUAUGAAUCAGAAGAGGCUGAUCAUAACAUGGAGGUAAACGACACUCUUCGUCGAGUAAAAAUGGAAGAUGUUGGAGAUCCAGAGGUGCUUGCCAAAUUACAGAGGCAAGAACACGAAGAACGAGAAGAAAUAGAACGAGAAUUACGGGUUCAUAAUGAAAGAAUACAACGCGAGACAGCUGCAGCAAUUAAAAGACAGGCACGCGAAGCUGCUAGUUUUAUGCGGGUAAGAACAACACCAACAUCUUUAGUUACGUCAUCUGCAUCAAAUUUGUCAUCCCCACCACCUGCUUUUCCAGUGUUUACUCCUCAGCUGCACAGUCGCCUUUUGCCAACUACUACACCCCCCUGUUCAAGUCCUGGAAGUUCAGCGUCUCAGUCCUCACCAUCUCCAUCAAUUAACAGCAUAGCAGCUUCAACAGGUAGACAAACGCCAGGUCAAGACCCAAGUAAAUAUUCCUUUGAGGAACAAUUUAGACAGAAAUCGUUUAACGGAGGAACUUCGAGUUCGAGAUCUGAUAAAGACAAGAAUUCGGAGGCACUCGGCGUAGCUUCGUUGUACGAGUUAAAUGACGAUCCUCAGAGGAAGGAAUUCCUGGACGAUCUCUUCCAGUUCAUGCAGAAAAGAG